AUGCAAGGAGUCUCUCUGUUUAACAUGUUACAACGCUAUUUAUUUUCCUAUACAGUGGUUGUCUAUCGUAUUCUGGAACUCCUUAAUGCACAGGGUGAAGCUGAUCAUGACGAAAUCAAAGGCUGUUUAUAUAUUCUACUCGGUAACGAUUCCAUCUUUUUACCUACAAUACAUUCAUGGCGACUGCAUGAAAAAUUGUGGCCAUCAAUCGCACGAACGAUGCAUGCCACCAAAACCAGCACACAAAAUUUGAUCGAUCAAAUUGUGAAAAGAAUUAGCAAACUGUUUAAUACACCAGCAAUCAUCGAGGAUACAAACGACACAUCAAUACGUGCAGCAGCAGCUCUCUGGCGUCCGUUAGAACCCAAAGAAAUGGAAACGUGUGAUAAAAUCCGAGAAGAACGCAAUCAACAAAACAUUCAAUCGUACAAGAAUCUCAUGAAAACGCUCAAUUCACUAUUGAAUGACGAUCGACUAGCCUGGCGACAACAAGAGAGAACGAUCACUUUUAUCUGCCUUCUUCUUCAAAGGUGUGUACCUAUUCCAUCGUCAUGUGUUCGAACAUCUACCGAUUUACUCGUUCAUGACAAUAGUGAAUUACGAAAGGCAACUUCUCAGUGUAUUUCCAGCCUAUGUCGUUUGCAAAAACCACCUCGAAUUUAUGCCGAAAAAACGCUUGAGGAGAUUCUUCAUCGGCUAAUCAACAAUGAAUGCCAUCCUGGUGAUCGUGAUGAUAAUUUAUGGAUAAUAAUCAAUGAUUAUAAGCCACCAAAAACACAAACUGAAUGGGAACAAACCUGUUUUUUAGAUAAGAGUUUUCAUGGGUAUUAUAAAUGGCCGAAAAUCAUCAAAUAUCCACUUAAUAAACGAGAGCGAUACACGCGAGAGAAUAUGCCAGAACAAGUAGCAAUCUUGUACGAUCGAUUUAAUGACAAAAAAUUCGUUGCACAAUUCGUUCAAUUUAUGGUGUUAGAUAAAGAGACAGACAACAGUUUCGAUUCUAUUCGAUAUCGAAUGUUUAAGGGUAGAUAA